UCCCCUGGUCCGGACCAGGACAGGAGGUCCCCCGGUCUGGACCAGGACAGGAGGUCCCCCGGUCCGGACCAGGACAGGGAGCAGCACUGGGCGGAGCUGUUUGAUCAGCUGGACGUAAACAAAGAUGGACACAUCGACAUCUCUGAGCUACGCACAGGGCUGGCAGGCAGAGGGCUUUCUAGAAGCUCCCUGCAGAAGAUUGUGGAGGCCGGAGACACCAACCAGGACGGAGUUCUGGACUUUGAAGAGUUCACACAGUUUCUUCGCACCCAUGAAAAAGAGCUCAAACUCAUGUUUAAGAGCCUGGACAGAAACAAUGACGGUCACAUAGAUGCAGCAGAGAUCCAGCACUCUCUACGCACCGUCGGUGUGGACGUUAGCCUCGAGGACGCCACCAGGAUUCUGCAAAGAAUGGACAAAGACGGCACCAUGACGAUUGACUGGACUGAGUGGCGAGAGUACUUCCUGUUUAAGCCUCUCACCAACAUGGAGGAUGUAGCGCGCUACUGGAAACGCUCAAUGAUGUUGGAUAUCGGUGAGCAGCUGACUGUCCCCGAUGAGUUCUCUGAGGAGGAGAAGAAGUCUGGCUAUGUGUGGAGGCAGCUGAUGUCUGGAGCCGUGGCUGGAGCCGUGUCCCGGACAGGGACGGCCCCGUUAGACCGCCUCAAGGUCUUCAGACAGGUUCAUGGCUUCAUUGAUUUCAGAGGGAAUGUAGUGAGCGGCUUCAAGUACAUGUUGAAAGAAGGAGGCGUGCGGUCGCUGUGGAGGGGAAACGGGAUGAAUGUGCUGAAAAUUGCUCCUGAAACUGCCAUCAAGUUCACAGCUUAUGAACAGAUCAAGAAUGUAAUGCGUGGCAGACACGAAUCAAGAACUUUAAGGGUCCAUGAGAGGUUUUUUGCUGGUUCUUUAGCUGGAGCUACAGCUCAGACAGCCAUCUACCCAAUGGAGGUGCUGAAGACCCGUCUCACACUGAGAAAAACAGGCCAAUUCUCAGGGAUAGCAGACUGUGCCAGGCAGAUUCUGGAGAAAGAAGGCGUCACAGCCUUCUACAAGGGCUACGUCCCCAACCUGCUGAGCAUUGUCCCCUAUGCAGGCAUUGACCUGGCUGUCUACGAGACUCUGAAGUUUGCCUGGCUGAACAGGAACCAGGGCAUCGCUGACCCAGGGGUCAUGGUGCUGGUGGGCUGUGGCGCCGUGUCCAGCACCUGUGGACAGCUGGCCAGUUACCCGCUGGCACUGAUCCGCACCCGCAUGCAGGCACAAGCUUCAGUGAAGGGAGCCCCUAAACCCUCCUUUCUGGCCUUGCUUCAAACCAUCGUGACCCAGGAAGGCGUGGCCGGACUUUAUCGAGGGAUUUCCCCCAACCUGCUGAAGGUCAUCCCUGCCGUCAGCGUGUCCUACGUGGUCUACGAGUACACCAGGAUAGCGCUGGGAGUGGACAUCGAGGGUAGGAGGGGUGGGAAACGGACGGGGUAAAGACGGUUUGAGGUGGCUUUUUCAACGACAAGCACGCACAGAUCUGUUGGCAAUGCAUGAGGACCUGGGCCUUGACUGGAUGAGUUCAUGCUCCUGUGAUCAUAAGUCUUGAGUUUUCAGAAUGAGGAUGACAGGAUGGAAAGAAAACAUGGAAGGAAAAGAGAAAAACAGUAGAUCAUCAUUAUAUGUAAUGAGUUGUGAAAGCCUCACAUUUGAAGAACCUCACCCCAACUGGUGUAGCGGCUUUGUGCUCUCUCUGCGUUGUUAUUAAGUCGAGACCAGGACAUGGGAUUGGCAUCCAGCCAUUUAUUCUGAUGAAAUAAAAACAGGUGCAUCCCUCGUUACGCCACAAGGUCCGAAUGCCCGACAAUAAACACAAAAAUCAUACAGAAAAAUACAAAAAUCAUACCUGAUGAAAUAAAAACAGGUGCAUCCCUCUGAAAAAUAUAAAAUUAAAAGACACGUUAAGUUUCUACUAAAAUAAAGUGAAAUUAAAUUAAUAUAUUAAAGAAAAAAGACGGAGCUCAUAGCCCGUAACCUUACCGUUACACCACAAGGUCUGAAUGCAGCUGCCCCCGGGGUGCACGACACUAACCCCCAGGGGUGCUGCGUUCAAUACCUGUGGUUAUUUAGAGAUGGCAAGUGGAAUCACUUAUUACCUGAUUAACUAUGUUACAGUGCGAAAGUAUUCACAGCGCUUCAC